AUGGCACCACGACUCAUUCGGCGACGGCCGCUGGUAGAACGUAUCAAAGCCUAUCUGAACCCGCUCGACUUCCUACUUUGGCUCUCCGAGGAAUUGGAUUCGAACGACUGGGAUCAGUGGAAGAAGGAGUGGGCUAAUCCUAUCGGCUUUCUGUUAAACGUGGUGUUCCUGAUUGCAAGAGCAAACACUGCAUACAGCGCUAGGAAUAAUGGGGAUGAUGUCUUCGGAGACGAGGUAGCUUAUACACCCUGGUUGGCCUGGUUUGCAGCCUUCCUUGUCCAUCUCCUCUCCCUACUGUCCUUCGUGAACGCCGCCUAUACUUUCAAUCGCCGACGGCAUUACAGACUUUUCGAAAGCUCUGUGGACGCUCCGCCGAGCACGCCGUCUGCUCACCGUGUCCAUGUAGACUCCUCCCCUAUGGCUUCAUCUCCUCUACGCUUUUUAUCGAACAUACUUGCCGGCGAGAAUGCAGAAGCUCGAUCACAUCCGGAUGCCACAAGAGACGUCUGGGAAAUUGCAGUCUGGGACCCGACUCCAAUUUCCCUUCGAAUGUUUUGUUUGUUCAGUCCCGGACAUAUCUUGGUGUAUUGGCUUUUCCUACCAACUGCAGUUUCCGAUCCUAGACCGAGCACCACUGUUAUAACAACAAUGGUGCUUGCAGGCCUACUGUCUGCGCAAAUGCUGCUCCUUCAAUCAAGCUUCUCGCAGCAGUCGAAAGAUGCAUCUGUCAUACAUAAGGAGGUCAUGAAUGAGUACGACACUAAAUACGUUCAUCCGCGCACUCAGCCCCAGAUGCGGAAUGUUGGGACUCAAUACUGUAAUUCGGGAACGUCCACUGAUGGCAUGCCACAAUACGCGGAUGAAGAUGAUUCUGUGGAUGUUUACGCGCCUACGUUCAUCAUAAAUAGAGGUUUUCACACUCGACCGAACCCCAAUUACGCCAAACAUGUAGAUCUUGAUGGCUCUGCUUGGCGAGCGAUGCCGUCAGGAGGUAUCUCAGCAAGUACAGCACCAUCUGCGCAGACUCCGGCUCAUCUCCGGGAUUCAUCAUCGCCCAUACGUCCACAGACCGCCAUGCGACAGCCCCAAUUCAGAGCUGCUGGUACUGGAGACGGUGGGAGCUUAGGAGUUUUCUCUCAUGCAAACUCGCCACUUCGCAAGUCAGCGUCUACAAGUUUUGUUGGUCCGCAAGGCCAGCGGGAAAGAAGCCUGAGUCCCGCGAAGAGGGAGGGUAGUCCGUUGAAACGAAGUAGUCUUGCUCCAAUGCCGAACGGACAGCGAUGGGGCCAUUUGCAAGGGACUGGACCAAGAGGAGAGAGCAGGAGGUUCUAA